AUGGCCUCGGUAGCCAUCAUCGGGAGCUGCGAUACCAAGUUGCGGGAGCUUCUCUUUCUUCGCGACAGAGUUGAAGAAACAGCCAGAGUCAAGACGAUGCUCAUAGACGUCGGACGGGAUCCCUGUGUCCACGAUGCCAUUACCAUCUCCCAGGCCGAGCUCUUGUCCAAGUAUGGCGACGGCAAGGAUACAUCAGACUUGACCAGAGGGGAAUUCGUCACGCUCAUGUCCGAAUGUGCCUCUCAAGCUGUGCGGAAACUAUACCAGCAGGGCCUCAUCGACGGCAUUAUUUCCGCCGGAGGUUCCAAUGGGACGUCGCUCUCCGCUGCCGUCAUGCGGGAUGUGCUUCCCGUUGGAUUCCCCAAGCUCAUCGUCUCGACCAUGGCGAGCGGCGAUACCAGACCCGUCGUGGGCGAGACGGACAUUACCCUGAUGCACUCUGUUGUCGACGUUGCCGGGCUGAACCCCAUCCUGCGAGACAUCCUCAGCAAUGCCGGGGCGUCGAUUGCGGGCGCCGCUCUCUCGUACGCUGCCCGGCGCGACAGAAAGACAAACGAUGCAGCGCAAGAGUCUACGAGCAUGAAGAAGUGGCGGGUGGGCAUCACCAUGUUUGGUGUGACGACGCCGGGAGUCGAUGCCAUUCGCGCGCAUCUCGAGUCCAACUACCCCGUCGAAACAUAUGUUUUCCACGCCGUCGGCACCGGAGGAAGAGCAAUGGAGCGGCUCAUUCGCGAGGGCCAGCUCGACGCAGUCAUUGAUCUCACGACGACGGAGAUUUGCGACCACCUGGUUGGCGGCGUGUUGUCAGCCGGAGAGAGGAGAUUGGACGCUGCUGUUGAAACUGGCUUGCCGAAUAUUGUCUCUCUGGGGGCGCUCGACAUGGUCAAUUUUGGGCCGAGAAACACGAUGCCGGAGAAGCACGAGGGAAGAGUCAUCUAUGAGCACAACCCGACCAUCACGCUGCUGAGGACGUCGCCGGAUGAGUGUCGUGAGAUUGGGGGGUUUAUUGCUCGGAAGCUCAGCAAGACGAAGAGGCCGGACAUGGUUGAAGUGUGGAUUCCAAAGGGGGGAGUCAGCAUGAUUGCCGUACCUGGAGGGCCGUUUGAAGAUGAAGAGGCGGAUAAGGCGCUGUUUGAGGCGGUCAAGUCGGGAUUGAGCGGGAGCGGCAUCAAUAUUGUUGAGGAUGAAAGACAUGUGAAUGAUGAAGGUUUUGCAAAGGAUAUCGCAGAGGCGUUGGUUGCAAAGCUGGGGCUGCAGAAGAGCUGA